GGAGCUGCCCAAGCCAAGCAGAGAGAAAGGAAGCAGGCCUGGGAAGGGAUUGUGACACAAUCCCAGCAAUGUGGAAAAGCCUGGGGCUUGCCCUGGCUCUCUGUCUUCUCCCCUGGGGAGGAACAGAGAGCCAUAUCCCAAGCUCAAUAUGUAAGCAACCACCAUCUUGGAGCAUAGCAGAACAAGAUCCAAUGCUGAAUUCCUUUGGUUCAGUAACUGUGGUUGCUCUUCUUCAAGCUAGCUGAUACCUGUGCAUUCUGCAGGCAUCCAGAUUGGAAGAGCUACGAGUAAAACUGGAAAAAGAAGGCUAUUCUAAUAUUUCGUAUGUUGUCAUUAAUCAUCAAGGAAUCGAUUCUCAAUUAAAAUACAUACAUCUUAAAAAUAAGGUUUCUCACCAUAUUCUUGUCUAUCAACAAGAAGAAAAUCAAACAGAUGUCUGGACUCUCUUAAAAGGAUCCAAAGAUGACUUUCUCAUAUAUGACAGAUGUGGCCGUCUUGUAUACCAUCUUGCUUUGCCUUAUUCCUUUCUAACUUUCCCAUAUGUAGAAGAAGCUAUUAAGAUUGCUUACUGUGAAGAAACAUGUGGAAACUGCUCUCUCAUGACUCCAGAAGAUGAAAGCUUUUGUAAAAAUGUGUCUCUGGCUACUGUGGAAAAAGUAAGUGAGGCUCUGCGGCCACAUCACCAUCACACGCAUCAUCACAAGCACGGGCACCAGCAUCUUGACAGCAGUGAACUUUCAGAGAAGCAGCACCCAGGAACACCAGAUGCUCCUCUUCAUCUCCCUCCUUCAGGCCUUCAUCACCAUCAUAAGCACAGGGACCAACAUAGGCAGGGGAACCAGGAGAGCUGAGAUAUGCCCGAAAGUGAAAGUUUGCAGCUUUCACUUGUACGAAAGAAGCUCUGACAGAGGGGAUGUUUAAAUCAGUUACGGUGUAAGAUGCUCAAAAAGUCAGAGCUAGCUCCAAGUAGCUGUUGCUGCCAUUGUCGACAUCUGAUAUUUGAAAACACAGGGUCUGCAGUCACCUGACGGUGUAGAGAAAACCUCCCAUCAUUAUGUAGCUGACAGGGACUUCUGGCAGAGGAGAACGUCAUUGAAUCUUGUCAGUGACGUUUGCCUCCUGCUGCCUGACAGACAAGUCAGCAGCUCAAGCCCACAGAAGCCAGCACUAAUUGAAGCUGAAAUAAUUUGGCAAAAAAGUGAAAAUGACCUUCAAACUAAAUAUUUAAAAUAAGAUAUUGGAGUUCUCUCUAAAGUCAGUCUCGAUGCAAUUUCAUUUCCAGAAUUUUUACAAGCUACCUAAUUAGUGAAACAAAACUAGAAUUGGAUUCGUGCAAACAUGGAGAAAUGGAAUAGAUUGGCUUCCAAACAUUGAAUUACACAUUACAGAAAUUUUGAACCAAAAAUAUUUUUAUAAUGGGGCAACUGAAAGGUGAUUGCAGCUUUUGGUUAAUAUGUCUUUCUUUUUCUUUUUCCAGCAUUCUACUUGCAUUAAUGAUAACAGAAACGUAAACUAUGACCUAGGGGUUUCUGUUGGAUAAUUAGUAAUUUAGAAUGGAGAAGGAACAACAAAGACAUGUUUUCCAUUUUUUCUUUACUUAUCUCUCAAAAACAUUAUCUUUGUAAUCUUACAGUUUAGCUGAUUAAGUCUUUAAGGAAAGAAAUAGAUUCUGUUUUUUUUUUAAGACUCAGAAACACUUAACAUAUGAAUAUUCUUCUAAAAAGCAUAUGUCUCUACAUUUUAAAUAUGCAUUUAUCUCUUUAUAGCUAAGACUCAUAUCUUGAUUUUUACUUUCCCAUAUGAAUAAAGCCUUUGUAUCUUCCUCUUUAUCUAACAUUGCAUCACACUCUUCUGAAUUUUUAGUGUCUGUCUUGAAAGAUAUAAGGGGAGAGAGAAAAGAAUGUUGUCUAUCUUUAGGCUGCUCAGAGUAUCUCCAUAUUAAUGAUGGUUUAACAGGUAAACUAAACCCUAUGAACCUGAAUUUCUUUAUGGAUAAUACUACUAAGUGAGAAUGCAGUUCACAUUUGGAUACCAUACAGGUUUGUCUUAAUAAACUCAAUAAAAAAGUUUAAAGCUG